UAGCAGAAGUGGUAUCAGCAGCAUUUGACUGUGCAGCUGACGGGAGUGCCUGUGUUUGCAAGAGAGGCAGAGAGAGGGUGUGAGAGACAGGAAGAGAGGGAGUGAGAGAGCAGCAAGAAAGAGAAUAGGAAGGGAGAGGAAAAGAAAGGGAUACAGGCAUCAUGUUGUGCUGCAUUAGAAGAACUAAACAGGCUGAGAAGAAUGAUGAGGCCAAUGCGAAAGCCGACCAAGAGACCACCAAACCAGAAGACAAGGCCCACAAGGCUGCCACCAAAAUCCAGGCCAGCUUCCGUGGCCACAUAACACGAAAAAAGCUGAAGGGGGAGAAGAAAGGAGAAGCGGCCGCCGUGAAGAAAACGGAAGGUGGGGAGAAAAAGGAAGAGGCUAAAGUAACGGAAGCCACCAAGGAUCAAGAGGCAAAAGCGACAUUGCCGGCGGCGUCUGAUUCGAAAGGGAAGACAGAGGCAACAGAAAAGGCAGCGAGCAAUCCCGAAACAACUCCCUCAGAUGCUGGAAAAGCGUCGGAGGCAAAGGAGGCGCCGACGGAAAACUCGGCAAAGGCGAAGGCAGCGGCGACAGACGACAAAGCUACUACUGGCGAGAAGGAUGCUGAGGGGACAGGCAGUGCCGCAAGUACAGCCGCUGAAAGUGCCCCGUCUUCAAACGUCAGCUCCAGCCUGGACAAGGAGAAGAAACAAGCAGAGGCGCCUGCCACUGAGGCCAGUGAAGGAGCAACAAAGGCCCAAACGGAGACAGCUGCCAGCACCACAGCACCAGAGAAAACAGAUUCUGCAGAUGAAAGUAAACCCUCUGAAAGUGCCCAAACUGAAGAGGUUAAAGGAGAUGAAAAGAAGGCCACGGUGGAAAAUGCCUGAAGAUGGAAGGUCCCAGCCCCAACUACUCUCUCCCCUUUGAUGUGUGGACCAUUCCCCGUAUGGCUAAAGGCGGGAAAGUUUUCCAGUCAAACAGUGUGGCUUAAUUUAAAUGUUCUUGGUGUUGUUCUGGCAGUUUGAUGAUCAUCAUUUGGAAUUUUUUGCACUGUACAAAAUUUCUCUGGCUCUCUGUCUCACUGUUUGCAAUGUUAUUUUACGAAGUAAAAAUGUAAGUGAAAAUGGUAUCCUUUUAAAUGUGAUUGGAAUGAAUAUCCAUUUGUUUUAAGAAUAAAGCAAAGUGGCAAUUAUUGGUGGGUAAGGCCUCAUUUUGAUCCUAACUUUGAGGUUGUUAUUUAUCUUCACAGCAAUCUCCAUUUAAUUGAUCAAAUAAUAUUUAAUUGUAAUCUAACUAAUUGCAGUCUAACUAACCUGAUUUUAGUUUACCCAACAAUUCAUGAAUAUUUGAUGAUUAUGUCACUGCCUCGUAACUUAUACACAAGUGUCCUGUUGACAUAUGUUUGUUGCAUGACCUUUGACAGAAUUACAUUACGCAAUUGGGAGAGGAGUGUAUUGAUUAUUUAAUUGCUAUUCAACGGCAGCCUGCAGAUAUAAAAUGUGACUAGCUGACUUCUAUAUUCCUCUUUCUUUGAUGUUUUCUGCUCUGCCCUGCAAUUUGCUGCAAUACUGUUAUCAGUUUAUCUUGAUGGAUGCCCUAUGCUGUUCAGCAGUAAUCUGGUAAAAAAUAUUGAAAACAAAGUCUGCUAUUUUGCCUAUUCACAUUAAAUAGGGGGAAAAUUUUACAGAAUGCAAGAAAGGUCCUCAUUCGAUUUUAUGAAAGCAGCUAAAAAUAGGGAAUAAUAAGAGCUGACAGAAUGACAGAAUUCAAAAGGCAUUGGAUAAUUUGACUAUUAUACAUAGAAAAUAAUGCAUUUGGGGAUUUUUGCAUGAAUUGUACGCCAUUUUACAUAAAUGUACUGCCUGUGUGUAUCAAACACCACAGUCAAUUGGCACAUGAUUCCAGACAAAAACCCAUGCAUUUAUUCAUUGGGAAACAUUGAAAAAAAGAGCAAAACCCAUUGUGCCGUGCUUAAAUACAAAUGCCAAUAAUGGGUUUAACAUGUGUGAAAGUACUCUUCUUUGCUAUCAGAUCUCCAACAGUUCCUGGACAGGUUUCCAAUUCCAGCUCUUCAACUCCCUACGCAUUCGAGAAAAUUUUCAUUUCAUUCACAACAGGGCUAGCUAGCACAGAAACUGUCUCCAGUAAUGCACUGCGGGGAAAUUGAUUCACGUUGCUGCCUUAACUACAGGUCCUCGCACCAUUCCAAAGACACAUGCAGCAUGUAUGAAAGAAUUAGCAUGAGCGUUGAUCUGGUGUGGGGGAAACAAGAGAGCAAGAGUAAGUUUGUUCAUCUAUUGGAAGUCAAUGAAAGAGCCAAAAUCACAUCAGUGUCCCUCGAACCCGCAAAACAUCUCCACUUACAGACCUCUUCACAUGUCUACAGGGCUGUGACUCACACGUUAGCCUCAGGGCAUUCCAAAUCCUUGACUAUUAUUGUAGCACUUCUGGUGAUAUCCAUUACAGUCAUUGCUAGAACAUACUUUUGCUGGAAGUUUGGCAGCUUUUCUUAAAUUAUUAGUUGCUUUAACAUAUUCAGCAAAAGAGAAUUGUGGACAAUUUAAAAAAUAUUAUGCCUAUGCCUGGAAGAAUAUUCAAUUGCUAUUAUUGAGAUUCCAUAUAAAGUGUUGAGUUAGCAUUGGUAACACAUUCUGAGAAUGUUACAAAGCAGCGAUGCAUUUGACAAAAUAGAUCAUCCUUGUUUACACACAUGUAUUAUAUUCCUCCCACUUACAGAACAAUACAUUUGAAUCAUUUACUUCAUCACAUUACUUUUAAGGCAAUAACCUGGCUUUGAAAAGUUAACCUCUGUUGGGAAUCAUAAGUUUCAUAAGUGUAACAAAAUUCUCAAAUUUCAAAAUUGAACAAGUCAGAUUCCUUCAGAAUUUGGCAAAAAGCAGGAUAAAACAUAUCAGGUCUUAAUAAUAUACUAUUAAAACUAUCUCUGCACCUAUAAUAAAAAUGAAAGUUUUUCCUGAAUAUAUUUCAAGACACAUAUUCCUUGCUGAAUAAUAUCAUCAAUAUUAUGCACACUCAAUGGGCAAUAUCUUCACUGUGCAAAUCUGAAUUCAGUAUAUCUUAAAAUGCAAGUUGCAUAGCGUUCAAUCGAUUCAUUGGUUUGAAAUAAUAAUGAGAACAUUUAAAAAUGACUUGAUAUAUCAAAAUAGAUAGGAAUGCACAAUCCGUUUUAACUUCUAGCUUUUUUGCCACUUAACCAAAACCAAUUAAAAUACAUAGCAAAAAGUGUGAAUCUUAUUUUGAUAAAUACUUCCAACAUUUCCAAAGUGUGAUUUUAAUUGGUGAUUAGUUUAAAAGGCACGGUAAUAUACCUAACUUAACGGCAGAAAUAAUAGUUAUAUUAUUUUUUAUUAAUUGGAAACAUCAAGACUGGAAAAUGCAUUCACUAAAACAUAUUCCUACACCUGGGCUGAUUAUAUGAAUGUGUGCAACUCAUGACAAUCUUAAUUGAAGCAGAGUUGAUCCAAUCUUCUUACCAAGUUUCACAGAGGAAUUGUUCAACUGUUCUUACCUGAACUUUGCACUCCGAUAUUUUACUAUUGGUGGUGCGAGAAAACUCAUUUUUGGAAAUAUACCCAAAAGGUAGGUCCUGAAAUCUAUAAUAAUAAUUAAUUGAGAAACUGAAAAAAAGUCUUCAUCUAGUUUCCUCUUCUGAAAAAUUGGUAAUUUAACCUAAAACUCUGAGAUAGUUAACAUUGGACUCUGGAAUCCAGCUAUUUACGACGCACAUUGGCAAUUAAUAAUUACUAGUGUUGUUGAUUUUCUGGCCAUUUUCCCUUUCUGGCAAACAAAAACAAAAUGUAAUUCACUUUUGUAAAAGUUCCAUCGUUGCUUUAAAAAACACCUAUAAUUCCCAAAUCUAAAUGCUUCUGGUUCUCGACGUCAUCCAUGAUGACGUACCAUAAAUAUAACCAAAGUUAAUGACAUUUAACCCAAGUGCAUAAUUAGUGUUCAUCUCUGGUGCCAUCAGUUGACAUUUUCAAUGCCCAAUCUCUUAGAAACAGUUCUACUUUUCGACAAUUGUUUAUUGUAGCUACAAUUAAAAUUGGGAAUUGUUUCCUGCAAUUGUUGCCACUGUUAUUGUGAAAAUACAUGAAAGUUUGGUGAAAACUCCAGGGAUUGAGAAAAUGGCUAUAGAGGCCGACAAGGGUAUACCAAUUACUUAAAUUUCUGUGGGAAAUGCAGAGGGGAGCAUGAAAGGGCCUGGAAACAAUCCAAUCUACUUUUCUUGGCUUGGUUAAAUAAGUACAUUGUGAAAACAUUGUGAAUCUCAGCACAAGAAAUAUAUUUUUAAAAUAUAUUGCCAAGCUUUCUAUACCUCUGCUUACAAAUAGGCAGCACUAAAUCAGCUUUCUGGUUGGUAUUUGCAUACCACAAAAUGCUUUUGCUAUGGGUAGUUACUUGUACCUUGUUACAUGUUACAUUAGUGCAGUGGCAUUGUUUUGUUAACCUUGGGCUAAAUAAUCUAAUCCACUGGCUGUUAUUCAGCCUUGUAGCUGCCAGAGAGAAUGAUUGCAACAUCAGAUAUAACUGGCUUUGCCUUGUUUAUUCUGCAAGGUAUUUGGCUGAAGUUUAUUAUUCACAAAUUGAAGUUAAUAGGGAAAUGAAGGAAACUGAAUUUUAAUAAUGAUUCCAGCCCCAAAGUAAACAUAAGGAAUGCAUAUCAGUGCAGUGAGAUUUCAUAGGUCAGACCAAACAAUAACAUGGUUGUUUAAAAUGAAGUUUUGAACCUACUGUUUUUAAGAUGAACAUAACCAAAAUAGGAAAUGUUUAAUAUUGUUCUUGAAGUGACUUUUUAUAAUGCUGUAUCAAUAUAAUCCUAUUCAUUAAUGUGAGCAUGAAUUGCCUUGCCAUUUGAAUAGACUGCAAUCUUUUUGCCAUACCAGAAGCAACUGCAUUAAGUGUCUUCUUAGAAUGACAGUUUACAGAGGUAGUACGAACUAAAUGCAUAGAGGUCACCUCCCAAUUUUAAUCAGACAGUCUCUUAAACCUCACCAAGAUAGAAUCAUGGUUAGUGGACUGGAAGUGGGUGUACUUUGUAACACAUAUAUUUGUAAUAGUCCAAGUAGCAAUUUACAGGUUUGUUCAUCAGAACACAGGGGACCACUGUAGCUACAAUUGUAGGCAUCCGUCAACCAUUUUAGUAAUUGACCGCUUAAUAAUAGGUUUCACAGGCUUCUAGAUAAGUUGCAAAGAUGGUGGCAAUGGUGAAACAGGCCAUGGAUAGCAGGCGACUUUAACAAAAGCAAUUACUUGGUGGUGGGAGGUAGGAUUUAAAAUUGGGUCACAAUCCAGCUCUAUUUGAAGCAAGCUUAGAACCCUUGGUCUCCUCUUUUUUUUAAAAUUAAAAAUAAAACAAAACUAAGUUAAGGAAGAGUUGAGAUUCUGUACGCAUGCUGGUCUUAGGUUUCAAAUUGUACCAAUGUUGUAUUUGUUGGAGCUGUACUUUUGACUUGGACCUAAUUGAUGCUUAGGCUGAAAAGUUUUUAAAAAAGGCUGCGUGUAUAUUUCCAACUGCAUUGCCACAAAUUGAAACUCCAGCAGAUACUAAAUCUGUUGGUAGUAUGAUUGUUAUGGAUAAUUUCUCAGUAUGUUGCCUAUCUUUACAUGAAACAGGUCAAAUGUAAUCAAAUGACAGGUGAGAACCGUCAUUAGCCACCUUAAAUGUCAUGUAGUCUAUUUUACAUCUGUCUCAGUAAUAAUCGUGUAAUUUAGAGUGUGAUAAUCUUGUAUGGAAAACCUUCCCCUUCUAAGUUGGUAUGUUGAAUCCACUGCAGUACAGUGCCAAUUAGGCUUUAAGAUCUUGCACAAAGUAGAGAAUAUAUUUUACGAGGAUGUUAAAAUGAGGCCCCAGGUGUCCUAUUGGUAAAUCCUAUUGAACACCAUAAACGCCAAUAUCAUCAUGCUUAACCAUAAGGCUCAGACAAUGUACAAGUGUGUUUUACGAAUUCACCAUCCUCAGAGCACAGAGUUUGUAGUUGGAAACAUACAUUUCUUUCAGCCUUAGUGAAUUUUUUGAUUGCCUUCCUGCCUACUUGAUUGGCCACUGCCUUACGCAAUCCUGAUCUACUUGCUUGGUGCCGUUGAGUCCUUGUGAUGUUCUGUAGUGCUUGAUUGCUGGUAUUUUUGUACUGGUAAAUUAUUUUUACUCAGCAGUAAUGAUAUUCUGAAUUUGUGAGUGUGUGUAAUCGGUGUGGCAUCUAAGAUGGCUGAUGCAGAAUGUGGCCUGCCUUUUUUUCACAAAACGUUAGAGAGACAAUGGGGAGAAUGAAAAAAUAAAAGUCACCAGUCUUCACAAUA